GUGAGUCAGAGCAAGCUACAGGACCUGUUGAGUUCGCUGCGUCCAGGCUCAGGAAAAGCAGGGAGAGAUUUGUGCUCGUCUGCUUUAUUAUAGGUUUACUGAGAGCACGUUUUAUAAUGUAAUGGAUACACCUGCUUCCGGAAGUCAUCCUGGGCCUCAUGUACAUGAUGAAUGAACCUUUUCUUCCUAAGCUUCUAAAGGAGGAAGUUAGUAGUAGCUUGUCUCACAUGCUGUGCAGAAGUGAAAUGAUCUUUACGCCGGAGCUGUUGCCGGUCACUGUGGAAUAUCCCCCAGACAGCAGUGGAUCUUCAGGAGUGAUCUCGUCCACGCUGGGGGUCAGGAGCAACUGAAAAGCGUCUGCACCUCUCAGAAGAUGUGUGGUGGCACAGCAAAAGCUACAAACCGGCCAGCAGGCCAGCAGGAGUCCGCCAGAUGUGCGGCGGAGGCCACUUCUGGUGCUGGGCGGGUUUUCAAGACACUCGUAUGCGCAAAGAUUCCAAAAUGCGCCAGAGGAGGAAGGGGAGCGGAUGCUGCAGGGCUCCACCACAGUUGGUCAUGUUCGGAGCUGGACCUGAGCGACAUUCGCCUGAUAGUGUACCAGGACUGUGAGAGGAGAGGCAGACAGGUCAUGUUUGAUUCCAGAGCCGUUCAGAAGACGGAACAGGCAGCUGCUCAGAAAGCAGAGGAUGUCCCUGUUAAAAUGUCAGCCAGGUGCUGUCAGGAAAGCGGGAGUGUCGGCAGCGGCGGCGGUGGCUCGUUCCACAGCUCUGGAGGAUCUUUACAGCACGCUAAGGAGCAGCUUCCAAAGUACCAAUACACGAGACCAGCGUCUGAUGUCAACAUGCUGGGGGAGAUGAUGUUCGGUUCUGUGGCCAUGAGCUACAAAGGCUCCACCCUGAAGAUACACUACAUACGUUCUCCUCCUCAACUGAUGAUUAGUAAAGUCUUCUCAGCUCGAAUGGGCAGCUUCUGCGGAAGCACAAAUAACCUGCAGGACAGCUUUGAAUACAUCAACCAAGAUCCUCAGGUUGGAAAACUGAACACAAAUCAGAACAGUCUGGGUCCUUGUCGCGCUGGAAGUAACCUAGGUCUGCUGCAGGCGUGCAGCGGCAAACUGCUGCAGGGGGUGUCCGAAGGAGGACCGCUCCGGCUCACCCGCAGCGCUUCUUUCUUUGCAGCACACAGCACACCGGUUGACAUGCCCAGCAGAGGACAGAAUGAAGACAGGGACAGUGGCAUUGCUCGAUCAGCUUCGCUCAGCAGCCUUUUGAUCACACCCUUCCCGUCCCCAAGCUCCUCCACGUCCUCUUCCAGCAGCUAUCAGCGCCGCUGGCUUCGAAGUCAGACGACGAGUUUGGAAAAUGGCAUCUUUCCCAGGAGGUCAGCGGAUGAGACGUUUAGCUUGGCUGACGAAGCCUCUAGCUCUAACCCAGCCAUAGUGAGAAGGAAGAAAAUUGCCGUCAGCAUCAUCUUUUCCUUGUGCGAGAGAGAAGCAGCGCAGCAGAACUUCCAGGACUUCUUCUUCUCCCACUUCCCCCUGUUUGAAUCUCACAUGAACAGGCUGAAGAGUGCCAUUGAGAAGGCCAUGAUCUCCUGUAGGAAGAUCGCAGAAUCAAGUCUCCGUGUCCAGUUUUAUGUGAGCCGUCUGAUGGAAGCUCUGGGAGAAUUCAGAGGGACUAUCUGGAACUUGUAUUCUGUUCCAAGGAUAGCCGAACCAGUAUGGCUUACCAUGAUGUCGAGUACGUUGGAAAAAAACCAGCUCUGCCAGCGCUUUCUCAAGGAAUUUAUACUUCUGAUCGAGCAGGUCAACAAAAACCAGUUUUUUGCCGCCUUACUGACUGCAGUGUUAACCUACCACUUGGCCUGGGUACCAACUGUCAUGCCUGUUGAUCACCCCCCCAUUAAAGCCUUCUCGGAGAAGCGUACCUCUCAGUCGGUGAACAUGCUGGCCAAAACACAUCCGUACAAUCCUCUCUGGGCCCAGCUGGGUGACCUUUAUGGAGCAAUAGGCUCUCCGGUGAGACUGACCCGCACAGUGGUGAUCGGAAAGCAGAAGGAUUUGGUCCAGCGCAUCCUCUAUGUUCUGACCUACUUUCUCCGCUGUUCGGAACUGCAAGAGAAUCAGUUGACCUGGAAUGGGACUCCUAGUGAGGAUGACCAAGUUAUAAAUGGGAGCAAGAUUGUAACGGCCUUGGAAAAGGGAGAGGUGGAAGAGUCUGAGUACGUGGUCGUCACGGUGAGAAACGAGCCUGCCCUUGUGCCGCCGGUCCUACCGCCAGUGACCACGGAGAGGAGGAGCCCGGAACCUACAGGAGUCGCCGAGGCCCCAGAGGGCGUGCAUACUCAUGAUCUGGGUCACGGUCCUGAGAAAAGCAAAUGCAAGGGGCCAGAGCAGAGUUCUGAGGCCAGUAGUGUGGGAUUCCGAGAGGUAGAACCUGACAGUUCCUGGACACCUCAAGGUGUAUUCUGUGAGGACAGCCAGGAUGAUCAAGAGGCACCCCAAGAUGUGCCUUCAAGACCUCCCAGCUGUGAGGUUCCCAGGGUAAGAGUGAGGAUGGAUCCUCGAGCUGCCCAUGAGGAGCUGCGACAGACUGCAACCGACAGAUCGUCCGCCUGGCCCUGCCCGGACAGACGUUCCCAGGAGGAGCCUUCUGUGGAAAAGGUCACUUUCCACAUUGGAAGCUCCGUCUCUCCAGAGUCUGACUUUGAAAGCCGCACCAAGAAAAUGGAGGAGCGGCUAAAGACCUGUGGCCGAUUCCAUGGGACUAGUGCUUCCACCAAGCCUAACAUGGACACCGACCUGGCUCAAGACCAGCAGGGCUCUAGGUGUUCCUCCAAAGCUGACUUUCAAAGGGCCACCGCCCUUCCUCAGUACCAGUUCUCAGGGGGAGAAGGUGUCCCUGAGGGCAGACACCUCCAAGCCAACAUCGUGCCAGGCCCUGUGGGACAGCUUAGCCAAGCUCAAGCCUCCUCCGAACCUUCUAGCUGUGCAGCAGCCAGUGGCCCGAAACCACGGGAACACACUGGAGAUGGGCAAUUAGAGGGCAGGAAAAGACCUUCAUCACAGCCUGUAAACACAUGUAGACAGCAGGGUGGCCUGCUGGGUGCUUCACAUGUCCCCUGUGGGGAUGCCAGUGGUAAGGCCCACUUCAGGAUGCAAGGAGACAUUCCCAGGAACGAAAGCUUGGAUAGCGCUCUCGGAGACAGUGAUGAUGAGGCGUGCGCAUUAGCCCCGCUAGACCUAGGUCACAGUUGUGACAGGACUGAAGGGCCCUUGGAAGUGGAGCUGCCUCUGCCAAGGUCUCAGAGCACCAGCAAACCAAGCGUUAGAAAUUUUGGCCGCUCACUCCUGGCAGGUUACUGCGCUACGUAUAUGCCGGAUUUGGUGCUGCAUGGAACCGGCAGUGACGAGAAGCUGAAGCAGUGCCUGGCAGCCGAUCUGGUUCACACGGUGCAUCAUCCGGUGCUUGACGAGCCCAUAGCCGAAGCUGUCUGCAUCAUUGCCGACACGGAGAAGUGGACCGUCCAGGUGGCCACGAGUCAAAGGAAGGUGAUGGACACCAUGAAGCUGGGCCAGGAUGUCUUGGUCUCCAAUCAAGUGUCCUGUUUACUUCAGUCCAUUCUGCAGCUCUAUAAGCUCCACCUUCCUGCCGACUUUUGCGUCAUGCAUCUGGAAGACAGACUUCAGGAGAUGUACCUUAAGAGCAAAAUGCUUUCCGAGUAUCUCCGGGGACACACGCGUGUGCACGUGAAAGAACUGAGUGUGGUGCUGGGGAUUGAAUCUAACGACCUGCCUCUGCUGACAGCGAUCGCCAGUACUCAUUCUCCUUACGUGGCUCAGAUCCUCUUAUAGCCGACUGCAGGGCUGUCCUUGGAAGCCGAGUCGGAAGAGUGAGCUCUCGGAGCUACGACGGAGUGGCUGUCUCAUCGGGAGGCUUGUGUUCACUUGGAGUUGUGUUCGGGAGUAUUCUGAGCCUGUGUUUCCCAGGAGUCAAAAGAAAGUGACCUUCCUGGUGGGAGGAAACCAUCAGCAGACAGUCAGACUAAGCCGGCGGCUCUGGUGCUGUUGGGCAGAACAUUGAGGGCGGGCUGACUUUGGAGUGGGGGUAACCAAUGAAUAGAGCAUUCCAUUAGGAAAAUGUUUCCUAUGCAAGCUUGAGAGAGCAUGAAGUGUCACUCUAAGAACAAGCAGGGUUCUAGGUCGGAGCUCUCUUUACUGAUGGUGCCGUGAAGAAAGCCGCAUUGUGCCGCUGUCUGCUCUGUGCUUUGUCACUCAGUUUGCCGUGGUCCUGGUGCAGCCACACGCAGAUCUGAGGGACUGCUGGUGCAAUAAAGCCCAUGCAUUGACUCCGUGUAGCACCCAGUGCUCUAUCGGGUGCAGCGGACCGCAUCGGCCUGUGCAGUCUAACACUGGGUAAUCCUCUUCAGCUUUAGCGUCUGCAGCCUUCUCCAGAAAGACCUUCUACCAAAGUUGCUCCCCCGAGCUCAGGUGAGCUCCAGUGGCUGAGCCCUCCCAGAGCCUCUUUCCUCCUGCGAGUCCUUGAAGACGCCUGCCUGCGUUGAAUAGUGCGACUGCCCACAGGGAAGUGAACCCUGCCGCGGCUCGGAGGAAGGAAGCAGGCAGUUGGGACAUGUAGAAGCAAUCCAUGCGCGGUCUGUUUUCACACGAUCAGUUCUGCACUUUUAAAAACAUCUUUCCAGAAACCGACCAUGUAUGAACCUUGCCCAAGGUGAACUGUAAAAACCCAAAGAACCUUAGACUACUGAGCGUAAAGCAGUCUGUGUCCAAGACUUUAAAAACAAAUGAACAAAAAAAUCUGAUGUUUAAAAGCCAGGAAGCCAGUCAGGUCAAGUCAGACCCUUUCAGGUCCUUAGGCCUGGCCUCUGGUGCUUGUGAAUGUGGGAUAGCGUCCAGGGGCUCAGACAACUUCCUAGUUUAUAUCUGAUAAAAUCCUGGUCCAUGUGACAUUGGUCGCCAUUCGUUGAGAGCAUGAGCCCCUGUGCUACUGUGGACAGAUGCCUACUUCCUCUCUUAGUAGGCCAGAGCGUGGACGCUCCCUCUCUCCCCCGCUCUCCCUUCCCUCCUGCUCCCUGUCCUCUGCUCACCUUUUGUGAUUUGCGAAACACACGGUGCCUCAAGGCACUUAAGAUCUUUAAUUUGCAUUUUAAGUUUCACAAAAUGGAGAUGUCCCGUUAUUUGAAAUCUUUCCAUAUUCUGUGAGCUGGCAUUUGAGUUACUGUUUGCCAUUUGCUGGCUCUACGAUGUCAUCCUUUGCUGGGGAAAUCCCACCUGGUCUCAGCUUUCUGGACACGUGUUUUUCCUCGGUGUAGAGGAACUGUCAAAGCAGAGAGGUCAGCCUUCAUCCCUCGCCAGCUCAGAGCGCUCCCCACUCCCUUCUCCCUUCUCGUUUACACGUGGAUACUGCCUCAUCACCAUCUUCUGAGGUUCCGGAGAAAAGAACUCAAUACAAGAUCGUUCGGUUCUCGUGUUGACGCAGUAACAUGUUGACGGCCAGACGUGGAGAGCUGCGCUGUCGGCAAGUUACUUCUCAUUCUCGUGCAUAAAAAUGUAGCCUGGGCCUUCAGAUCCUACAAAACAACCUGCCUCUUUACUCUAACGUUCCAAAUUUCAGAAAAGCUGGGCGGUCAUGUGGGGUUAUCUCAGCACCUUCAGUGGCCUCUCUUGCUGCUGCAGGGAAGGGCACACUGCUCCUCUCCUGGCUCCCAAGAUGUGGAAGGGCCACAUUUUGUCUUAAUGUCAGCCUGUUCUCAGAAGUGAAGCAGCAGUGGAGUAUCUCAUGGACUUGUGCUGAGACGCCCACAGCCCGCAUCACGGAUGGCUUUGUUCCAUCACAGCUGGAGAGUCCAAAAGGGACCCCACCAUCUCCUAGACCCAACUCAAGGGAAAAAAAAUAAAUAAAUAAACUUUUUUUUUUUUUUUUAAACGUUGAAAUAAAUCUACCUCAGUUGACAGGAUUCCACCCGCCCUUCAGGUGUCUUCAGCUCGGAAGUCUUACCUGCUAUGUCACUGCUUGUUGGACCUAGCAGCUAGUCGGGCAGGACGAUGGGGGCGGAAGUGUGUUGGUGUUCCUGCAAUGACCUCUUUCCAGCAUGUUGCGGUUUAUAUGCGAUAGGUCGAUAAGUGAUAUGAAUGUAUAGGCAGUUGUGUAUGUUUUAAAAAAAAUGACAGUGAGAAUUGAAAAUGUAGCUUCCAAACUCGUUCAUAAUUCCAAAGUAUCUUGUUCCAUCAGUGUUACGUGGCUUUCGUACAGCUUCAGCCCGUGUUUCAGAAGUGUGCUGUUUUUCACGGACAGGAGUUCAUCGUCUCACGUCUCACGGAGACUCACGCCUCACGGAGCUGCCGUUUACACAUCACAACUUUUUAACUUAACCGUGUUUUUCACAGUUCGCUUUUUUGGAGGGAGGAAAUUCCCCACUUGCUAAAUGAUACUAAAUUGUUGUCUGGGCUUUUAAAAAUCAGGUCUUCGGAUUUUAUAAACUAGUCUGUAGCUUUUUAGGCUCUCCUUUUUUGUUGGCUGUACAUAAGGAAUAUAAAUUCUUUCAGACGUCUGGGGUUUUUCUCCACCAGUGCGCACUCGGGAUUGUGUUCACACGGACUUCUUCAUGAAAUCAAAAAGGUCCAUAGCGUCUCUUAGUCAAUGUGAAAAAGUUUGUUUUUUGUUUGUUUUAUUGUGCUUGGUGGAAAGGACACUUUAAUACAAUUUUUACUUAAAGCAGCCUCUCUGAAUGUUCAUUUUUAAAAUGUUAAAAUUUGUUGAACCUCUGGAACAUGCGUUUGCAUUAUGUUUAAACUUCAGUGUUUUAAAAAGGAAAAAUUCUGGGAUAUAUUAUUAUUGAACUUUCAUUAAGAGAAAUUUAUAGGACUGUUUUUUUUAAAUCAGUUGAAUGGCUACCUAUGUCAGUGUGGAUUUUUUUUCCUUAAAGCAACAUUCAUGUAUUAUUUUAAUCCAUUUUUUCUGUGACAUUUGGUGCAAUAAACUUUUUGAAUUUAUCUUGCAAA